AUGAGAACCCAACGCCCUCACCAUCUCUUCGUAUUAUCCAUCAUCUUCAUCGCAUCUACAUUCUCAUCAUCAACCGCAACCGGAGAACAACCUCCGACCACCGGCAACGACGGCGACACCGAAUUCAUCCGUUCAAGCUGCAACACAACACUCUACCCUGACAUAUGCUACACUUCCCUCUCUCGUUACGCCAAUGCAGUUCAACAGAAUUCCGGCCAACUUGCUCGUAUCGCCAUCGCCGUAAGCUUCUCCAAAGUCCAUCGCACAGCCACCUACCUCUCCAAUCUCACUCGCGUAGCCGAUUACAGCGGCAACUCUCGCGCCGCUCUCGCUCUCCAUGACUGCUUCUCCAACCUCAACGACGCCGUUGAUGAAAUCCGCGGCUCGAUUAAUCAGAUGCGCCAGAUAGGAGCCGCCGGGACCGGCGUCGAUUCGUUUCUUUUUCAGAUGAGUAAUGUCCAGACGUGGAUGAGCGCGGCGUUAACCGACGAAGAAACGUGUACGGAUGGAUUUCAAGAUGUGGAGAAUUGUCCGAUGAAAACGGAUGUUAACAAUCGCGUGACGAAGGUGAAGAAGUUCACGAGCAAUGCUUUGGCUCUGGUUAACGGUUACGCCAGUAAAGGAAUGCCGUGA